AUGAAAGUUUCUCUUCAAGUAAAAAUUUCAGAAAAAUUAUGCGACAGGAGUAAUUGGUAUACUCCAUCUUUUAUCGUUGUAUGUUUGAUAAUCGCAAAUGCUACUUUGAUCAUUACAAUUAUCGUAGUUGCAAUUCAUCUUGCGAAAGAGGUCAAUUAUCGAUCGGAAAAAGAGUUUUUGCUUCAUUUGCAAAGAGCGUACGAUACGGCUAUUUAUUCGCUAUUUGGCGUACUGAUAUUUUACAUUAUUAUUAAUUUCAUCAGUUUGGGAAUACGACUUAAAGUUAUCAAGGAUAGCGUUAAUUAUAUCAGUGAACAGGUCAAUCAACAACGCAAAGAAUGUGAGGAAACCGCGCGUAGAUUCGUACGUGAUACCUUCUUUGUUAAAAAAUACUAUGAGAAUGGGCCAGCAACCUUUAAACCUGCUGAAAUAUUAUCUGCUCAGGAAGCCGUAUCAAAAUAUAAGGAAAUGAAAAAAGAACACAGCGUUGAUAAAACAAUGGAAGAAAUUAGCAAACAUUUAACAACGCUUAAUAAAAUGAAAAUUGUUAUGAAUCAGCCAACCGAAAAGCAAUUUGAUUCAAAAUUUAUAAAACUAAUUGAAGAACAAAUUGCCAGGCAAAAAGAUGCAAGUAGUAUAAUACAGGAGAGUCAAUUAUCAAGAACACAAGAAGAAUUCAGCAGAAUUUCAACAAUAACCAGUGUGGGACAAAAAUAUAAAAGCCAAUAUACUAAUUUGAGUAUUAAAGGUCAGAAGAGCCAAAUAAUAGAUGAGAAAACAGAGCCAAGCGCUCUAGAAACUCCAACUGGUCAAAUAACUGAAACAGCAUCUGAGCAUAGGAAAUCAGUUCUGUCACAAUCGCGAUUAUCUCCAGAGAGUCAUAUAUUUCAAUCGCAAACUUCAAAGGUAGCCAGUAAAAUCUUACGAAUUUUUGAAACGGAAAAGACACAAUCGUCAUCACAUCGCAGAAAUCAGGAAAACAUUCACCGAGAAUCAACAGAUAGUGAAAAUUAUGAGAAGAUGAAGGUUUCGAUGUCUUCCGAAAUUUCCCGAUCAGAGUCAGAAUCUAUCAGAGUAAAGACGAAUGAAAUGAUCAAUCAGCAAGAAAUCGGAAGAGCAGAAAACGAAAAUGAUGAUAAGAUGAUAAAAUGA